CAUCUCGACAUACCAUCACGACUAUCUUGGUGUGAAGAUGACCAAGGAAGACGCGCGGAGGAUGGGCAUUACCUUGGAGAGGGACGAGUUCUUGAAGGUGUUACCAAAUUGGUGUUAUGGAAAAGACGAGUCCUGGGCGGCAUUGGUGGAUCUUUGGUGUGAUGAGGCUGGAGCCUGGGCGGCUAUGAGAGUCAAAAACAAGGCUAACCGAGGGAAGGAGGGAGUACAUGCUCAGGGAAACCGAAACCACUAUCUCCACAAGGCAGUUAAUGAGGAGAAACUGAAGCGCCCGCUCUCACACAUGCAGGCGUGGGAGAUCGCCCAUACGCGGAAGGACCCCAAGCCUGGCGAGCCCAAGUACUACGGCAAGAAGACCGCGCAUAGGAAGAAGGCCUACUCCGAUGGGUAUCUGCAGUUACAUCCUGACACACCUGACCCCAUUGCGGCGGAUCUAGACGAAAGGGUGGUGGUGGGCAUGGGGCCGAAGGAGCACGGUCGGGAGGCCGUUCUCGAUGCUGUGAUCACUCCUACUAUCUCCUACACACAGCUCCGUCGGAUCGACCCGACCCUGAGCCAGCGCACGAGCACGCCCAUGAGCAGUGCACCGUCACAGUUCCUCUUUCAGGAGCAGCAAACUGUAAGUAUUUUCCCUUUUAUCUUCAUUGCUCACUUUAUUUUCCGCAUUUAGUAGUUUUAUGAGUUUCAUCAUGUCAUACUAUAAGCCUACAUGGAGUACACAUGCCAGGAGACCAUGGCGUGGCACGACCGCCUUCAUGCAUACCAUCAGCAGAGGGAUCGCCAGAUGCAGCACGCUUUUCAGGAAAUGGC